AUGUCCUACGGCGGUUCUUACGGUGGUGGAGGCGGUUAUGGCGGCGGCGGCGGCGGCUACGGCGGCAGCUCCGGCGGCUAUGGCGGUGGAGGCUACGGCGGCGGCGGCGGUGGAUACGGUGGAGGCGGCGGCGGCGACCGGAUGAGCAACCUCGGUGGCACGCUCCGCAACCAGGACUGGUCCUCCAUGAAGCUCACGCCGUUCGAGAAAAACUUUUAUGUCGAGGACAAGGCUGUUACUCAGCGGUCUGAGCGCGAGAUUGAGGAUUUCCGGAAGGAGAAGGAGAUCCGGGUGCAAGGACGUAACGUUCCUCGGCCCGUUCGUACAUUCGAGGAGGCGGGUUUCCCGGAAUAUAUCAUGACUUCGAUUCGCGCGGCUGGCUUCAAGGAGCCGUCUCCCAUUCAGGCUCAGUCGUGGCCUAUGGCUCUUUCUGGACGCGACGUCGUCGCUAUCGCCCAGACCGGUUCCGGAAAGACCAUCUCGUUCGCUCUCCCGGCUAUGUUGCACAUCAACGCGCAACCGCUCUUGACGCCCGGCGAUGGGCCCAUUGCCCUGAUCCUGGCACCGACACGUGAGCUGGCCGUCCAGAUCCAGCAGGAAUGCACGAAGUUCGGCUCCAACUCGCGUAUUCGCAACACGGCUAUCUACGGUGGUGCACCGAAGGGGCCGCAAAUCCGUGACUUGCAGCGUGGGGUGGAGAUCGUUAUCGCCACGCCCGGCCGUCUCAUCGACAUGCUUGAGACCCAAAAGACGAACCUUCGUCGCGUUACCUACCUCGUGCUUGACGAGGCUGACCGCAUGCUUGACAUGGGUUUCGAGCCGCAAAUCCGCAAGAUCAUUGGCCAGAUUCGUCCCGAUCGCCAGACGCUCAUGUUCAGUGCAACAUGGCCGAAGGACGUCCAGCGCCUCGCCUCUGACUUCUUGCAGGACAUGAUUCAGUGCAACAUCGGUUCCAUGGAGCUCACCGCCAACCACAACAUCAAGCAGAUCGUCGACGUCGUUAGCGAUUUCGAGAAGCGCAACAAGCUUAUCAAGCACCUUGAGCAGAUCAGCGCAGAGAACGCCAAGGUCCUUAUCUUCGUCGCGACCAAGCGUACGGCGGACGACAUCACCAAGUACCUUCGUCAAGAUGGCUGGCCAGCACUCGCUAUCCACGGUGACAAGGAGCAGCGUGAACGUGACUGGGUUCUCGGCGAGUUCAAGGCCGGACGCUCACCCAUUCUUAUCGCAACUGACGUUGCCUCGCGUGGUCUCGACGUCAAGGAUGUAGGCUAUGUCAUCAACUACGACUUCCCCAACAACUGCGAGGACUACAUUCACCGUAUCGGUCGUACUGGCCGUGCGGGUAUGAAGGGUACAUCCUUCACUUACUUCACCACCGACAAUGCCAAGUCUGCACGCGAGCUCUUGGCUAUCUUGCGCGAAGCCAAGGCCGACAUUCCCCCUCAGCUCGAGGAGAUGGCCUCGUACGGUGGCGGCGGCGGAGGGCGCAGUCGCUACGGUGGUGGCGGUGGCGGUGGUCGUCGCGGUGGAGGUGGCGGCGGUGGAGGCUACGGUGGUGGUGGAUACGGUGGCGGAGGAGGAGGCUACGGCGGCGGAGGCGACUCCGGCUAUGGUGGUCGUGGAGGAGGCGGUCGCUGGUAG